CGGGAGACGUCAUCUCAGGAGGCUCGGGCGGUAGGGUGGGUCCGCCACAAGCUGGACACGCCCUGCCGUGAGCUUGGCUGGAACGCCCGAGUCGCACUUCUGCAUUUUGUCGUCUUUAGCCUUGACAGCAGAUCUAAGUACUUUCGAACCUGCCCAAGGGGUGAGCACUUGACGAUAGAGUUUGAGAAUCUAGUAGAAAGUGAUGAAGGAGAGAGCCCAGGAAGCAGCCAUAGGCCUCUAACAGAGGAAGAAAUUAUUGACCUACGAGAGAGGCAUUAUGAUUCUCUUGCUGAAAAACAGAAAGAUCUUGAUAAGAAAAUCCAGAAAGAGUUAGCCUUACAAGAAGAGAAGUUAAGACUAGAAGAAGAAGCUUUAUACGCUGCACAGCGUGAAGCAGCCAGGGCAGCAAAGCAGCGAAAGCUCGCGGAGCAAGGAAGGCAGAGAGUUGUACAUCAGUACCAUCCCUCCGGCAAUGGCGACCAUCAGAGUUCAGGACCAGAAGAUGACUUUGAAUCUUGUAUGAGAAAUAUAAAAUCACAGUAUGAAGUUUUUCGAAGUAGUAGACUCUCCUCAGAUGCCACAGUGCUGACACCAAAUACAGAAAGCAGCUGUGACUUAAUGACCAAGACGAGAUCCACCAGUGGAAAUGAUGACAACACAUCCUUAGACCUGGAGUGGGAAGAUGAGGAAGGGAUGAACAGAAUGCUUCCGAUGCGAGAACGCUCCAAGACAGAGGAAGACAUCCUUCGGGCAGCACUGAAGUCCAGCAGCAAGAAGACCGGAAGUAACCCCACGUCUGCCUCCGAUGACUCCAAUGGGCUGGAGUGGGAGAAUGACUUCGUCACUGCCGAAAUGGAUGACAAUGGCAAUUCCGAGUAUUCCGGACUUGUAAAUCCCGUGUUGGAGCUGUCUGACGCUGGCAGAAAACAGUCGGAUGCAGAUCAGCAGAUUCGAUAGAGUGAAACUGUUUGACCCUGUUCAUCAGUUCUGACCAAAUGUUAAAAACCCACCAGAGCUGUGGUUUGCUGAGCCUUGUUUCAGGGCGUUGAGGAGCCAUGCUGUAAAUGCUCAUUUCAUUAGGAAGGUGUAAGAGUGGUGGGACAGAUCUGAAUUGCUUCAGAAUUAAGUGCAAUUUUAUCAUCUGCCUUCUGCAUUUUAAGACCAAUUCAAUGGUUGUCAGGUUAUCAAUUAAAUUUCUAUUAACUGUAGCGUUCGUGUUCACUCUUGUAGAUUUUCCCAUUUUAAAAAUCUUUAUUAAUUUUACUUUGAAUGCUUUCCCGAGCCUAUUUCUUUAUCUAUUGUGAAAAUAUUACAGUAUUUUUUCGUGAAUUCUCAGCAGAUAUGAAGGAAGCGUGAGGAGUGUUUAUCAGGUUCAGACUUAGAGUGGUUUCCCUUUCCUGUCCGAGUUUAUUCUAGGACUUCUUAGAAUUCUGUUAUCUAAUAGGAAGCACAAUGAUUUGAGUAGAUGACUUCAGAAAUGCUGAAGGAUCAGUUUCUUCCUCAUUUGUUACGUAUCCUAGUAUGGUGAUACGGAUUCAAUCUGAACAAAAUAUCAAAAAAAAUAAGUUUUCAGAGUUUGGACAUUUUAAGUUGGUAAUAAAUAUUUUUUUAAAUAUAUUUAGGAUUUCUACUUCUUUUACAUGAAGCUAUAUUGAUUUUAAAUUGAUAUAUUGAGUUUUUAGGUGUUAUUUUUUAACUUCUGUUCUUCCAACAAGUGAUCUUAGAAAGAUUUUACACAGAACAUUAUUCUCUGAAUGACUUAAAGAAAAAGUGUAUAAAGGUAAUACGGGUAUUUCAAAGUAAAUAAAAUCCUUUCUGGUGUGAAAGGCCCUGAUUUAUUACACUUUCCUCUGCCUGGUAGCCCGAGGUGCCCUGAGGGUGGGAGCAUCGUUACUAUGUAAACUGCAUCUUGGGAUGGACAGUUCAGCUCUCUUAGCCCUCAAGUUUGCCCGUCAGUAGAAAAGUCGGAGAUGUGGAACACCCCUAACCGCUUUCCUUGAUCUUGCUGAGGAUUGAGUAUGAUUGGAGUAAGCAGACUCUUUCUGUUUUCCUUCUCUUGCAACAGUGACAGUGCAUGUUCUCAAAAAUAUAGGAAGGUCCAAAAGUAAAUAGUAAUUUAAAGUUCUUGCUGUAUUCAAAAAAAAUCACAUGGCCCUUUCAAUACUUGAACUGCUAGGCAAUGACACAUAGUUUUAUUUUGUCCUUUUUUAAUCUCAUAGAAAUAACUGACACUUUAAUAUGUAAAUACAGUAAUUAGCUAAUGCUGUUAUUUAUGUCAAUUUAGGUUGCAGCUGUGUCCUUCGAAAUAUUGAAAAGUACUCCCUUCACAUUGCCUGUGUAACGCUUUCUAAGGUUUAUACACAUCAGAUGUAUAUUUUUGGUUGGCAUAAGGUACUACUGUAAUUUUUCUUUUGGGUUCAUAAAGAAUUUUCUGAUGGAAUGAUAACUUCUCAAGGAUUGUGAAUAAACACAUUUUUACAUUUAA